AUGGGAGAGGAAACACCCUCCCUUACCACCUCCAGGAUCUCUGUCCUGGCCAGAUAAGCCACUCCUGUUGCUAAUUUCAAGCAGAAAAGCAGGAAAUGUGACAGUGCCGCUUUCCGCUUCCAUAAACACCAGGACUGCCAGAGUCUGCUGCCAGUCCUGGAGCUGUGUCUCCCUCGGAAAGAGGCACUGACAGGGAAAGUGAGCGGGAGGGGGAAAAGGAGGGCAGCAGGAAAAGGACAGGAAAAGAGGGACAGAGGCGCGGGGAAGAGAGGAGUAAAGAGUAUCAGCCUCUCAACUUGUCAUGGCUGCAAACAACACAAAUCUCCUGCUGGAGAUCCUCAACUCCUUUGAUACUGUUCCACUGAUAAUAGCUUUCUGUGUGUCCAUGGCGGUGGGCCUGCUCCUGGGGGCCCUGGUUCAUGUGAUUUUGACGUGGAUGUCCCGACGCAAGGCAGGCUCCGCCAGCAUCACCCGCCGCACGCCCCGCCACUCAUCCUCUUCCUCCCGCAGCCGACCGGGCUUCAACCGCAACAGCAGCUACGACCGACGCAGCAACAACAGCUUGAUCAGCUUCCACAGACAGACUUCCACGCCCGAUCACUACGACCACAAAUCCAGCUUCAGGGCCUCCACCUUCCACCCUCUGCUCCAGUGCAGCCAGAUCGCCAGGGAGGCUGAGGAGGGCAGCCAGACUACACUGCCCCGCACGCCUCCACUGAGCAUGUCCGCGGCUCAAACGGCAGAACAGCCGGCGCCGAACCCGUCCAGACCAGAGUCAUUUUGGGGGAACAGUAGCCUGAGGGGAUUCAGCAUCACACAUACUCCCCCUCCUGCUUAUGAAAGCAUCAUCAGGGCGUACCAGGAAACAAGCACCUGAAGGGAGGAGCCUACGAAUGAAUGGAGUAUAAUGCUAACAUCAACUUACUUUGAUGCGCAUAUCCAAUUAAGACGCUUCUUUAAAUAAAACUAAAAUAUUUUGCAAUAAUUGAACAAUAUUUAAUAUUCAAUUGUUUUCCAAAGAAUAGCAAGAUAUUUUUAGGAUGUUUUUUAUCCUUUAGUCAGCUGGAGUUUACACAUUUGCAUCAGAGAUGACUGAAGAUUUAAUGCAAAAGCUCAGAUCACAACAAUGCAAAAAUGGGAGCAUGGGGUAUGUGAAUUUAAAAAUCUUGUUUAAAAUGUGUUUGAUAAUGUGUGUAAAAUAUUACUCGAUAUUGUUUUAAAGAAAGCAACAAUGUUGAAGACGAGGUUAAAUUAACCUGAACUCUUGAAUGUUUGUUUUUCACCCAUUUUAAGACUGAUAUUUUGAAUGUAGUUAUUAAAACUGUUGUUGCUCUUAAUUUAUUGUAAUAAAAGGGCAGAUUGACAGUGAU